AUGAAACGCACUGGAGUGCUCUUUACAGCUGUUGUUACCAUAUUGGUGUUACCUUCAGCAAGGGCAGGCGAAUUUAGUAGCAGCGAUGAAGGAGAUAUAUUUUACAUACAAUCGGAACAUGCGUUCAAUUGGCAGCAGGCUAAGCAAGAAUGCAACAAAAGGAAUAUGGCUUUGGUUACCAUCAAUUCGGAGAUAAAGAAAUUGCUAGUUCAAAAAAUAAUCAACUCUCUUAAUUUGACUGACCAUUUGGGAUUUUGGAUGGGUGCUCAUAGGAACGAAGCUGGAGACAAUUUUGAAUGGAUAUCAAGAAAUGAGGCUUUCCAUUACACCAACUGGCAAAAGGGUGAACCCAACAAUGCUGUAAAUUCGGAACACUGUGGCAUGUUUUAUGCAGACACCACGAACUGGAAUGAUUUUGUAUGCUCCAGGCUCCUAGGAUUUGUAUGUGAAGAAAAUGCCUUAGCAGAACAAAAUACAGAAGAAGUUUCAGCAUUGACUAAAUAUCAAAGGGAAAAUACCGAACUUCCUUCAAUGCUAGAAAACGAACUAAGAUCCUUGUUUAAAUCCUUCGCAAUACUAAGGCAGAAGUGGGAAUAUUCCCAUGCAUUUACAAAAACCGAAGAAAUAUCAAAGUUUAAAAACUCUCUGAGAGAACUGAUUAAAGAGCUAAGUGACAUUUCGGAUGAAUAUAAUCCUGAUGAGAUUAAAGUACAAACAAAAUCAUCUAUGAUUCUUGAAAUGGAGUUGCAGAAAUAUCAAAAAGAAUUAAAAGAGUUAAAGGAAACCACAGACAAACGUCUGCGAAAGACCCAGAAUGAUUUGGAUUGUCUGUCAAGACUUCAUAAAAUACUCAGAACUCGAUUUAAUGAAAAGAGCAAUGAACUUGAAAAUCUAAAGUCAGUCCAUGAUCAACAAAUGAAGGAGCAACAGAAAAAGUUAGACCUUCUAAAAGAAACUUCUGUAAAACAAUUGCAAGUUAUAAGAGAACAACAAGAGAAGUUAAAUGCUUCAAUAACUUCAUCGUGCCAACUUGAAAGUGAUAAACUUUUAAAUGAGAUCAAUGAGGAAUUGAUUAUAGUUCAAAGAAAACAAAAUCAACUUUUAGCUGCGUUACAAAAGAACAAAAUAGUUCAAACUCCAUUUUCGCCAAGCGAAUCAUCUAGUGCGGAACAUAUCUCGCCUCCUUCAACAUCCAGUCCAUUUGAGACUAAUACAUUGAAGAAUAAUGAACAAAAGUUGAAGGUUGUAAAGAAACUUAAUGGUAUGAUUGGAAAUCCAUUGUAUACAUUUUUUUAUGAAGCCUUAUGA